AUGGUGGAAAAUGGCUUAUAUUAUCACUAUUAUAAUUAUUGGUCGUGUUUAAUGACGGAGCCAGCUAAGGCCCACAAGGCUCAGCUGACCCUCCUCCAAUUUAUGCAACAAAUGACCACAGUAGAGAAUGUAGAGAAGAAUGAAGAAAUCAGAGAGCAGAAGAAUGAAGAAGGAAGCGGAAGAAUGAAGAAGAAAUCAGAGAGUAGAAGAAUGAAGAAGAAAUCAGAGAGCAGAAGAAUGAAGAAGAAGUCAGAGCAAAAGACUCAUAAUUGUGUAUUGAUUAUCUCGAUUUUUUAUUACAGUGUAACAGUACAGCUUAUAUAG